CGAUAUCCUCCACGCACGGCACAGCGCCAGCGCCAGGUCCCCAGCCAUCGUAUUGAUUGCCAACAUGGACGACGCCUGGUUCCACACUCUGACCGCGGCCCCGGCGGCCAACACGCGGGAAAGGCCGCAGCACACACGCCGGGCCACGCUGCUGCAACAGCCUGCCGGAGAGAAAGCUGAUGUGGCGAUAGAGCCCAUUCAGGACAUACACGAGGUAGACACCGCGUGGAUCGGACCCCCGAGCGCCGCUGUAGCUCGCAGAGCUCAGAGUUACAGCGACUUUUACGAUGCAGUAACCGCAUACAGCCAAAAGGAGGAUCAUGCGCGUCGGAAAAACAGCUUGGACACAAUACACGAUCCAGUGUCUCACCACGAUGUGGAGCUAGAUUUCGAGGCCGAAUAUGCCACCAUAGAGGAGCUUCUGCUGAACGAAAGUCAUGCCGAGCAUCAGGCAUAUCUCGAGGAGCUGGACGUCUCAUAUGCGCAUCUCGAUAACCUAUUGGCCUCCACAACAAGCACUCUGGGGCUGCUUUCUACCCUCUCGGACUCUUUCAAGGCGGUAGAGGCGCAGACCGAGGCAUUUCGACAGCAAUGUGAAGAGCUCGUGCUUGAGCAGAGACGGUUGAGCGGUCUAGCCCACGCUAUCGAUGAGAACGUUCAGUAUUACGCGUAUCUAGAGCCCAUGACGCGAAGACUCAAUGCGCCUGGUGCGGCGAAUCUUGUCAAAGCCAAUGAUUUCCUGGACAUGUUGUCUAAUCUCGAUAACUGCUUGGCCUAUAUGGAAUCGCACCCGAAACAUAAAGAGUCCGCCACAUAUCGAAGCCGGUAUCGGUUGCUACUUACUCGUGGGCUUACGCUUAUCAGGCACUAUUUCACCAAGUCGUUGGGUGAAAUUGCCGCAGACAUCAGCAAGCGCAUCCAAGGUGGGCAGCUCAAGGAGGCCACUCAUUCUGCGAUUCUAUAUGCGAAGUUCCGUGUGCCUGCUCCGGAGCUGAAGAAUCUUGGUCUGGAGAUCCAGAAACGAGCGGUCCCCACACCAGAAGACGUCGAUGCAGGUCGAGAGCCGGAGUAUCUCAGCCUGCUCCGCGAGCUGUAUCAGUCAUAUUCAACAACACGUGGACGACUGAUUCUGCCUCUGGUCGCGAAGAAGAUGGCAGAUCUUGCUGCAGAUCCACAGCAAGCAGACGUCGUGUCUUUUGCUAAAUCAUGUCUGAGCUUCGCGAGGGGUAUUUGCCUGGAUGAGUACGACCUCUGGUAUGAGUGGUUCGAGACCGAGGGUGCUCUAUACGACUUCUUGGAAAGCUUACUGGAGCCGAUGUAUGACUAUCUUCGCCCCCGCACAAUUCACGAGACCAAAAUGGAAAAGCUAUGCGAUCUCUGCACUAUGAUACAAGGCCGCUACAUGGAAGUAGACUCGGAUGAAGACGACGACGUUGAAGACUCUGUGGUCACCCCUUCGACAAAUGGCCGACCCUUGGGGAGGAAGCUCGACUUUGGCAAUUUGAUUCAUCCAGCGCUUGAAGAUGCUCAGACUAGGCUGGUCUUCCUUGCAUUGAAUGUGCUUCGAGACAGCAUUGAGAAUUACAAUCCCAAGCCCGAGGAUCUUGACUUUGCACCACGAGCCGCCGCUAAUGGAAGCAAUGGCACCAAGAAAGGACCAGUUCUUUCUGGUAAACGAAAUCCGACAACGCCGUCAACACCAGCUCCGAAAACAUUAGCUGUAGCAAAAGAUGAUAUCGAUGACGCAGAAAGCAUGUUCAGCAAACGCUUUACACCCGAAACUACUGCACCUGGUCAAAGACAGUGGUAUCCAACGCUCCGCAAAGCUAUUUGGCUUCUCCGCCGCAUCUAUCGACUCGUCAAUAGCACCGUCUUCGACGACCUCGCCCACCGCAUCGUCCAUUCCACCAUAGCCUCUCUACUGUACGCCAGCAACCUCAUAAGCUCUCAAAAGGACAAAUCUCCGCAGGAUGGCCAACUCUUCCUGAUUGUCCACCUCCUUCAUCUCAAACAACAGAUUGUCGCCUUCGACAUCGAAUUUAUUCCGCCCGAAGUUGAAUUCGAUUUCUCUUCAGUCACGAACACCUUCUACGAACUACGCGAUCGCGGAAGUCUCUGGAAUCCAGCAUCUUGGGUGCGACUCGUCAGCGGCGCUGUCGUAGGCGGAGGUCUUCUCCCCAAAGUCGUCGAAAAUAUGCUCGAUGCCAAAGCCGAGCUCGAUGGACGAUUAAGAACAGUCAUCAACGAUUUUGUAAAGAGCUAUGCGAGCCAUAUUACUGCUCCCGUUGAUCCUGCGACAGUUGCGCAGCAGAAGAAAAAGAACACAGGAAAACAAAGUGAAGGAGAAGGUGGUGAUAGCGGUUUCGAUGGCAUGAAAGCAGUCCGUACUGUCCGCGGUCUCGCAGAAAAGGAUGUUCCAUUACUCCGUGCUAAAUUAGAAGAAUUUGUGGAUGAUGCUCGGACAAGAGAGACUUUGGUCGCCGCUGUGCGAGAUCAGGUCCUGAUGAGUUAUGAGGAGUUCUUUGACAUUCACAAUGAAGGACAAGAAGGAGGCAGGAAGUUGAGUCGGAAAGGAAAGGGACGAGAGGACGAGAUCUGGGGGCCGCAAUUGUUCGGCGAGGCAAUGGAGAAGGUUUUCCAGGUAGGGAGGGUUGUUGGGGAUGAGGAUGAGGACGAGGACGACAGGCGACUCAGCGACUAGACGUAGAUUGAACGGAGUAUACCAAUCAUUAGGACGUACAGAC